ACUCUGGACGGGUUCUUCUUUGUGGUGAACCGCGAGGGGCGCAUCGUGUUCGUGUCGGAGAACAUGACGGGAUAUUGCAAUAAAACCUUGGAAUUCUUUCCCAUUUUUGGAAUAUUUGUGAUAAAACCUUGGCAUUUUUCCCAUUUCCAGGCUCUGGACGGGUUCUUCUUUGUGGUGAACUGUGAGGGGCGCAUCGUGUUUGUGUCAGAGAACGCUCUAGAUGUGUUCUUCUUCGUGGUGAACCAUGAGGGGCGCAUCGUGUUUGUGUCGGAGAACGCUCUGGACGGGUUCUUCUUUGUGGUGGACCGCGAGGGGCGCAUCGUGUUCGUGUCGGAGAACUUUUUUCCCGUUUUUGGGAUAAAACCUUGGAAUUUUUCCCGUUUCCAGGCUCUAGAUGGGUUCUUCUUCGUGGUGAACCGCGAGGGCCGCAUCGUGUUCGUGUCGGAGAACGUGACGGGCUACCUGGGCUACGGGCAGGAGGAGCUGAUGAACUCCAGCGUGUACAGCAUCCUGCACGUGGGCGCCCAUGCCGAGUUCGUCAAGAACCUGCUCCCCAAAUCCCUGGUGAACGGGGUGCCGUGGCCGCAGGAGCCGGCGCGGCGCGGCAGCCACACCUUCCAGUGCCGGAUGCUGGUGCGGCCGCCGGACGAGGCGGGCGCGGAGCAGGCGGAGCUGCGGCAGCGCUACGAGGCCAUGCAGUGCUUCACCGUCAGCCAGCCCCGCGCCUUCCAGGAGGAGGGGGAAGAUUUCCAGUCGUGUCUGAUCUGCAUCGCCCGGAGGUUGCCGCGCCCGGCCGCCCCGGCCCCCACCGAGUCCUUCGUCACCAAGCAGGACACCACAG